AGUUCUAUUUUCUGCUUGUCUUUUUCUUGUUUAGAAGUUUUGUUUGUUUGUUGAUCCUGUUGAAUGCUGCUCUCUGGGAGGACUGGGGAGUUCCUGUUUUGUUAGUGCAGACAGCAUUUUUCUCAAAGUUUUGCUGUGCCCACGUAGAGAUUCACAGGGGUACAACUACUGCUGGAUUGUAACUAGAGCUGUAAAUCGAGAACCUCAAAUCUGUGUAAAGCUAUGGGGAGAGAAGAAAGCAGUGUAUAAACAUCAGUUACGUUCUUAAGGGCUGUUGAGUGUGACUCUAGUUCCUUUUAUUUUUCUUUUCAUUCUGAACGUCAAGAAACAAGCCAGUUUGCCUGAAGAUAAGGAAGUCCUUCCAACAUAUACCACCAACUGGUUGUCUCUGAGUAGUUCUCACAUGACUGGACUUUGCACUCAUUUACUGAUAACACAGGCACAGCCAUCUUGUUUGAAAACUAGAGGCAGAAACAGAAACAAUUCCAUGCUGCAAGGGUACUCUUCAUGUGGAUUUUAAGUGGUACAAACCUGUAUUUGGGUGUUCAGUCCCUGUCAGACUAGCAGCUGAGGCUCUUCUAAUACCUGGAGAACCACAGUAGCCAGCGGGGGAAGCACUGCAUAUUGUUGCCUGGUGGAAACCUUACUUAGUGGGGAUUGAAGUCAAGUAGGGAGGAACAGCAGCAGCAGGAGUAGUGAUGGAGCAUUAAUGGAAACAGCAGCACCUGGGCAUGCAGAACUGGACGAAACAAGCAGCUGCAUCCAAGAGGAAGAAGAUGGGACUCCUUUUAUUUUUAAUGAUUUUCCAGUGUGCCAUAAAUAGUGUCAAUACCUACAGUGUUUCAAACCCCAAUGUUGUUUUACUGAUAGCUGAUGAUCUUGGUAUUGGAGACCUGGGAUGUUAUGGAAACAGAACUUUAAGAACACCUAAUAUUGACAGGCUAGCAAAAGAAGGAGUGACACUUACUCAGCAUUUAGCAGCAUCACCACUGUGUACUCCAAGCAGGGCAGCUUUCCUGACAGGGAGAUACCCUAUCAGAUCAGGAAUGGCUGCUUUUUCACGAGUUGGUGUCUUCUUAUUUUCUGCUUCUUCUGGUGGACUUCCUUCUGAAGAAAUAACAUUUUCCAAAGUCCUGAAGCAAAGAGGUUAUGCAACAGCUCUUAUAGGAAAGUGGCAUCUUGGGAUGAACUGUGAAAGCAGUAAUGACUUCUGUCACCACCCUCUCAGUCAUGGAUUUGAUUACUUUUAUGGGCUUACUGUGACCAACCUUAGAGACUGCAAGCCUGGCCAAGGCAGCGUGUUUUUAAAAGGGGUUCAGAGGUACCUUGUCAUCCUAAUCCAAAUCCUUGGAGUCACCGUGGUCUCAUUGGCAGUAGUGUAUUGUACUGGCUUCUUCAAAGUACCUUUCCAAGCACUGGGCAUCUGUCUGUUAAUAACCUGUAUUUCACUUGCGGUUUUGAUUUUUUUCUUUUAUCAUUUCCGACACCUGAACUGCUUUUUAAUGAGGGACCAUCAGAUAAUCCAGCAGCCAUUAUCCUAUGAGAAUCUUACUCAGAGGCUGACAACAGAAGCUGUACGGUUUAUAGAAAGGAACUAUAAUGCACCAUUUCUUCUUGUCCUGUCUUAUCUUCAUGUCCAUACUGCUCUAUACGCUUCAAAAAUGUUCAGAGGAAAAAGCAGGCAUGGAUUAUAUGGAGAUGCUGUGGAGGAAAUGGAUUGGAGUGUAGGACAGAUUCUGGAUGCGCUGGAGAAUUAUAAUCUGAGCAGUAGAUCUCUUGUAUACUUUUCAUCUGACCAAGGGGCUCAUAUUGAAGAAAUCUCUAGCUCUGGAGAAGUCCAUGGAGGUUGCAACGGUAUAUAUAAAGGUGGAAAAUCAACUAACUGGGAAGGAGGUAUUCGUGUGCCAGGGCUUCUCCGUUGGCCUGGAGUGAUUCAGGCUGGCACUUAUAUUGAUGAUCCAACGAGUAACAUGGAUAUUUUUCCUACCAUUGUCAAACUUGCAGGGGCACAGUUACCCUAUGACAGAAUUAUUGAUGGACAUGAUCUGAUGCCUUUACUUCAAGGGAAAGUUAUCCGGUCGAAGCAUGAAUUUCUCUUCCAUUACUGUAAUGCAUAUUUAAAUGCAGUGCGCUGGCAUCCAGGAAACACAUCCAUGGGUAAAAAUGAUUCUAACAAGUCUUCAUCAGUAAUUAUGAUCACCUAAGAAAAUACUACACUCAUCCUUCUGUAAGAUGCAGGAGUGGUAAAGUGCAUAUCACUGUCAUACAGAAUGGAACGCUCUUUGGAAUAUCAUAAAAACUAUAACAAAAAGUAAAUAUACAUGUCAUAUACUAGGAAUCUAGGAGCAUAAAUGGAUUUUUAUUGUAAGCAGUUUGUCUUCAAAGGAAGAGAAUUUAAAAUGUAUCAGAAAAUGAUUUCUUUAUGAAAGAUUUGAGAUGCAGGAGGUAUUUGAAAGCUUUGCAAUGUCAUGUGGUUAAGAGAAAGUCAUGAUUACUUCUUAUAGAGUAAGCAUUUAAAAUUAUUUUGAAAAUGUUUACUACAAAUUCAAACUGUGAUAUGUGGCCAUGGCGGCAAGCAUUUCUCAGCAAGCAUCAAGUUUUCAAAGAACUAUCUAUAGUAAAGCAAAGUGUUCAUACGAAUGUGGGCAGUUUAUGACUAUGGCACAAGGGAGUCAAGCUGACUUGGUGAAUUUUGUUUUCAUUAUGAGACCUUUUGUUGUAUAAUUACAGGGGAGAAGAGAAUUAAAUCAGUGUUGUUGGAUUUGUUUUUAAUUUUAAAUUAAAUGUGUUGCUUGUUUCUUUUUUUUUCUUGGACUAUUCCUCUACCUCUUUGACAUUUCCCUUUUUGACAUAAAUAUGAGUACAUUUUAAUGAAAGUAUUUUUUUCCCCCACUUCUUCCACUAAUAAAAAUGCAACAACAAUUUUUCUGGUAAGUAACUCACUGUUGUCUUUCCUCUGUUUUUUGAGAGAAGCUGUUAUGGUGUAUGUCCUGAACGCAUUAGUGCAAGUAAAGAGGAAAGAGGUAUGUCAGGUGCCUACAAUUAGGAGUAUAAAUCAAUAUAUCAGCUUAUAGUAGAGGAGAUCAUUUUUCAGAUACUAAAGUACUCCCAGCUAUUGGUGAUUUGAUUCUGAGAGCUAGAUACCAUAUGUUUUGCUAUCAGAUAAUACAUUUUGCUUAAAAAGGUAUUUCUUAUCCAGUUUAGGUUUUUAUUCUCCAAGAAAUACAAAGCUUUGUCUCAGCUCUAGUAUAAAGGGUAUUUUGGUUGUUUUUAUUACUGCUCAUGAGUGUUACCUGCCCUCUACACCUUAUUUUUAGAAUCAUACUGUGAAUCCUACCCUCCUUUAAGGUCUUUCAAGAAUACAUUCAUUUAGUGUUCAAGAUGCAUUAUCGUUUCUGUUAAAGUAUCAGUAAGGCACUCUAUCUCUGUAACACAGAUAGGUCCAAUUCAGUUCAGUGUUAGAUAACAGAUUCUUGAAAAAGAUUACAGAAACAGAGCAAAGCCAUAGAGCUAAGAAAGUAAUCUCUAUCAUAUUAAAUAUUUUUACCACAUAUGUAUCUCUGAAUUUAUAGAUGGGGUCAGUGGCCUCUCACAUAAAAGAUACAAGAUAGUAAACAACCAUAUACUUCAUUCUGGAGGAUUCAUCAGAUACAAUACUGAUUCCUGAUGACAAGAAAGAAGGGAAUGUGGGGUGAGUUUUUUUUGGUUUUCUAACUAUCUUUUUUCCUCUGUAGGAAGCCAUAAUCUUUUGCUUAGAAUACUGAAACAGAUCAAUUUUCUAAUUGAAUUGUAACUAUUCUGCACUAUUAUGAUAUAUAAUAAACUUCUAAAAUCCAAUUUUUAUCAGUCUGUGUGAUUUCUUACCACGCAUUUCCUUCUCAUUUUCAGUUUUGGCUUUUAACAUUACUUAAAACAGUUUAUUAUAUGUGAUCUUCUACUGCUCACAUCAAUACUGAUAUAUUUAGCAUUAGUCUUCCACAUUGUGUUGCAAGAGCUCAUUUGCCAUCAGUCAAGACAUCAUGACAUACCAUUUAUACUUUUCCAGUAAUUCAGAUGUGAUGAACAGGUUAGGAACAGGUUCUUUUUCUUAUAAAGCUGCAGUACAUACUCUGGAACUGUCACCCCCAGUGCAGGGGUUUCCAAAAUGAGAUAUCCUUUUUCAACCCAUAAAUAUAUAUUAAAAAACAAACAAACCAAAACAAAAAACAAAAACAAAAACCACCAACAAUAAAUAUCUCUAGGUUUAGCAUUUUCACAUGAGGUGUUUUGCUGUUCUCCUGCCAGUCCAAUACCAGAACUUGCAGCUCCAGGGAUUUCCAACUCAACUUCCUUACCAAAUUUUUGUCUUUAGCUGUAUACUCCCUCAUCAGUUCCAAGUCCCAUUUGAAGAAGAAAAGAGGAAGGGGGCUUUAAAAGUGCUGGCAUUUUUAAUGUUUUGUCCUAUCAAAUGGCUUUUAAAAGUAUCUGUUUAUGCUUCUCUCUUGCCUUUCUAUCUGUGAACUUCUCAUUGGAAUAGGUCUUUCACUGGUUAUGCAUUGUCUACAGACUUGAGGGAAACCAAAAUUCUCCCUGGCUUGUCAUAAAAGUUCUGGAGAUUGGAGUUCUCUCAACACAAACAACAAAUCAACAGAAUAAAGCCAAAUGGCAUUGUUUCUUGGAAUCAUAUCCCAAGAGUUGGUAACUCUUGUGUUCUUAUACCAAGCAGCCCUAGUAUACCUUCUAGGGCAUAUUUGUUCUUAUGGAACUUUGAACCUAUGUUUAAAGUGAGACUGACCAAGUUACUCAAAGAAUGAAAGAAAUCAGAAAAUAAGGACACAGAAGGUAGGAAGUAAAAGAGGCAGGAGAAUUCUUCCAAAAUCAUAAGGACUCUAAAAUUCCAGCUGUUUUUCACCAAAGCAACAGAAUAAAUUCAGAUAGCAAGAGAGGCAAUUCCAGGCUUGUUCCUACACUGGAGCCCCACAUAAGAACUAGAAGCUGUACUUAACAGCUUUUUCUUCAGAAGGACACUGUAGAAUGAGAUUUCUGAGAAAGAGAAUUUUAAUUACUAAUUAUUUCUUAGUUCAGUGAGAUACACACUAUCCCUUUGCAUAGGAGUGACUGCAUUGUGAGGAAAGCACAAUCAUAAUUGCACUGGUAGUAAUCUUAACUUGUAGGGAAAGCGAAAAUGAAUUUUCUGAUAAAUGAUACCAGAAAGAGAAUAAUAAUUUUCUACAUGUCUAGGGGGAGACCGGUACCUUUAAAAGCAAAUUAAAAUGUAAAUUUUAUCUCAAUGGGAACAAUCUGAAAGAGCUGGAGCUGUUCAGCCUGAAGAAGAGAAGGCUCCGAGGUGACCUGAUAGUGGCUUUUCAAUAUCUAAAGGGGAGCUACAGGAAAGACCAGGAUAGACUCUUUAGCAGAGUCUGUGGUAAUAGAGCAAGGAGAAAUGUCUUCAAGCUCAAAGUGGGUGGAUUUAGGUUGGAUAUAAAGAAAAAGUCUUUUUACUGUGAGGAUGAUAAAGCACUGGAACAAUUUGCCUAGAGAUAUGGUUGAUGCCCUGUCGCUGGAGACUUUCAAGGCGAGGCUGGGUAAGGCCCUGGGCAACCUGAUCUAGCUGUGGAUGCUGUCCCCAUUCAUUGCAGGGAAGCUGGACUAGAUGACCUUUAAAGAUCCCUUCCAACUCUAAGGAUUCUUUGAUUCUAUUGUACUUGCAUAACAAACUGAGGAAGAAACAAGCAAAGAGGAUUUGAAAAUACAGAAUACUAAGACAUAUUGUUUCAAAUAAAUGGAUGCAUGAAACUUGAUCAUUCCAUUGCAUGAUUUGUCUUUGCAAUUGCACAAAGUAAAUAAAAAUAACUACUAGGGAUUUGUGUGCCCAAGUUAUGCUAGUUUGCAUAUAAAAUCAGAGCAAAUUGAGAAGUGUUUAAAAAUAUAUAUUCUUGAAUGGUAGUCUAGAAAUGGGUGAGAGAUUACAGAUGGGAGUGUAUGCUGAAACAAACUGUCUGGAUAUGCUAGUGCUUUCAAUAUUUUUGUGCUGAACAUUAGGAGAUGCCUGUGAUUUUGUAGCUAAAUAUUUUAUUUCCAGUAAAUAUAAAAACUAGUGAAGUAGUUUAGUGAGUAGUGAAUGUAGUGAAUAGUGUAAGGCGGUUAAAGCAUGAUUAUAUUCAAAGAAUAAUUAACUGUAUUUAUUCACAUUUGUGCUUCUAAGACAAUACUUUCAUUCACCAAGCAAACCAACUGUUAGUCAGGAAUCUCAGCACACUACAACCUGUAGUUCACUGCAGGGAAAUGAUUUUUCUGCAUUGACACAUUUUCUUUUCAUUGUAAAAUCAGCUGGGUUUUUUUGUUUUUUGGUUUUGU